GUAUAAUUUAAAGCCAUCCAAAAUCUUCCGGAUUCUUCUAUUCAGGGGCAGACAACUCUUGACAAUGGUAAAUCUUGGAGACGUUUUCCCAGAUUUUGAAGCUGACAGCACGAUUGGAAAGAUAAAAUUUCAUGAUUUUAUUGGAGACAAAUGGUGUGUGCUGUUCUCUCAUCCUGCAGACUACACACCUGUGUGUACUACAGAGCUUGGAAAAUGUGUUCAGCUCACCCCGGAGUUUGAGAAGAGAGGAGUAAAGAUGAUUGCACUUUCUUGUGAUGAUAUACCAAGUCACCAAGGCUGGUCACAGGAUAUCAUGCAAUUUGUCAACCAACCGAAAGACAAGUUUCCUUUUCCCAUCAUCUCUGACAAGGGGAGGGACCUAGCGGUUAGUCUUGGAAUGGUGGACCCAGAGGAAAAGGAUAAAGCAGGCAUUCCCCUCACCUGCAGGGCUGUGUUUGUGAUUGGUCCAGACAAGAAGCUUAAACUGUCCAUGCAUUACCCGGCAACAACAGGGAGAAACUUUGCAGAACUAUUACGAUGCAUUGACUCUCUACAGCUAACAAUGAACAAAAAAGUGGCAACACCUGAAGGAUGGACACUGGGAGGAAAGUGUAUGGUCCUACCGUCUAUCCCACAAGAAGGAAUUGAAAAAGUGUUUCCGAAGGGAGUGGAUAUCAAGCAGGUGCCUUCUGGGAAAUCUUAUCUGCGAUAUACUCCACAACCAGAGUAAAAAGAUCCACCAUUAAUUUGUGCAGUGUACAUUUAAAGGCAUCUUACUCCAACAUUAUAAAGAAAUUUAGAUUAAGAAAAAAAACUCAUGAACUUUAUUUUUAUUUUAAACUCAGAUUCCAGAUUAUACACUGCCAAAACUUUCUCAGUAAAUAGUAAUCCAGACAAAUUAGCUUUAUUUUAUAGCCAAAGUUUUAGGUAGAAAUUUAUUUCACUAUUGUUAAAUAUUGUUAAAGGAUUAUCAAGAAGGUGCAACAAACAGCUAUGAACAUUUAUUUUGUUAGAGUACAUGUAACAAAGAUGAAAGUGAAUUCAAACUGCAUUAACUAGUGCCUGUAUGUUCAUGAAUUGGUGAAGUAGCCUUUCAUUUGUAUUUUUUAUUGAAACUGUAAUUCUUUUAUUAUUUCUUAUGGGCCUUCUUUCCUCAAUUUAUUAUUUUUGAUUACUAUUUAUUUGGUUCUUAACUUGUUUUGGGCAUUAUUUUGAUUGUUAGUAUGUGUACCUAGUUUUUGACCGAGGUGUUUAGAACAAAAAUCUUACGAAAGUUCUUUUCCCAGAUGCAAUAUCAUUGAUAUCAAAUUGCUGGCAUGUUAUAUUUUCUUUUUGAUGUUUUUUUGCAAACAAUUUUUCCUCAGUUUACAAUCUUUGUUUUUUACUAGACAUAUACUCUGAUUAUACACAUGGGUAUUUAUUAUAUACAUUUAUACUGGUUUUUAUUUUUACGCAAUGUCUUUGAAUCUUUUAUAUUCAUUAUUCCUACAUAUACAUGUAUAUCUCUUUUGGUACAGGGUGUUAAAUAUAGCUUCAAGAUUGCGUUCCAGAUUAUUUUUACAUUCUUUAUAGCAUAGAUGUACCAAUAUUACAAUGUGUCUAUUUUAUUCAUUUGUUUGAAAUUUUCUUUUCCUUGUUGUUAUUGACUAUAACAUUCCAAGGUUGUGGCUCAAAAUCCUCUAUUUAAGACUUGUUUAUUGGUAGUUAUUUGAAAAUAACAAUGUGGUUAUUAAACAUUAAUCAUUUGU